UGUGGAGGCGGGACUAACAAGUUAGUGCUGAUAAUCGAACAAACAGCAGGAGAAUUUUUGUUUAGAAGAAAAGACACGGCAAUAUUAUUACAGGUUUCUUCGAAACGGAUGAAUAUAGAAAGACCUGCAUAAAUAGACUAAACAAAUCGGUUUUCGGAAGUUAAUUAUGGCUACUGAGGGAGACCCGACUGACUUUAUGAAAGUGCUUCACCUCCUGGUGAUUUCGUUUACCUGGGGAAUGCAGGUGUGGGUGUCUUUCAUAGCAGGUUUUGUGCUGAUCUCCCAGGUAUCCAUGCACACGUUCGGUCUCGUGCAAAGCAAGUUGUUCCCAUUUUAUUUCUACUGUCUGCUGGGGGGUAAUGCAGUCAGUCUGGCCAUAUAUGCCGUGUACCAUCCCAGAGAACUGCUAGACUGGCACGAAGGCGUACAGAUGAGUCUGUUCUUUGUGGCCGUGAUCAUGGCUGGUCUAAACGCACAGUGGUUCGGUCCGUCUGCCACCGAGAGCAUGCUGGUCAUGCAGGAGAUCGAGAAGGAGCAUGGGCUGGGGGCUCAAGUGGGGAUGAGCUCUAAUAAGGAAGGAUACGUCAAACUGCGUGAGCAGGACCCCAAAUACAAGGAGCACAGAUCCACCUUCUACCACUACCAUGGUCUGUCUAACCUCUGUAACCUCAUAGGCUUUGUCUCUACCACCGUCAAUCUCAUUUACCUGGCCCUCCAUUUGGGUACUAUAUGAGUUUGAGAGAGUACAGACAGAUAUUUUUAAUGAAUUAUCCUUUGUCUGUUCACUUUUAUUUUGUCAAACUGUUUUUGUAUAACUAUAAUGCUUCUAGUUUUUUAUACAACAAGAGUGUGUCGUUUUCUUUAAGGUUAAAAGAAACCAAUUCAGACCCAAAAGUGAAAAGGUGCCCAGUUGAUUUUGCAUUCACACUGUCCCUAAAAGUGGAUUCGCAUCUCUUUUUAGUCCACUUUAUUUGUGAUUGGGAUUCAGUCUAUUUUCCAUUCACACUAGAAUAUUAUUAUUUUAAAUAUAAUGUAUAAUAAUGAACUGAGUAGUUGGGAAUUGAAUUGAAAUAAUUAUAAUCUUCUGCCAUAAUUUCUUCACUUUAAAUGAAUGGCAAUGAAUUAGCAUUGAACUAAAGUGUGUUUGUGACGAUUUUUAUGUUACUAUCAAGUUUCUUUUUUUAGCGCAUUAACUAACAAUGAGCGAUACAUUUCUUACAUCAUUUGUCAAUCUUUUUGUAAAGUGUUACCAAAAAAAACCUGCAUAAUUCUUUUCAGACAAAUUAUAUAUAUAUAUAAAUUAUUAUAUAAAGAUGUCCAGCCAUAUUAAAUGAUAUUAUUAUGGAUGUUCACAGUAUUUCUCCCUACUUUAAAAUGUUUCAAAGUGGGUAAUUGCACUGAAUCUUUUGUUUAUAAUAAACAGAAUAUCUAUUUAAACAUACAUUAUUGAUAAUAUACCUGUUUAUGAUUGCUUAAAGAAUGUGUUUUGUUCAAGUAUGUAAUAAUUCGUAUCUGUUUUUGCCUUUGUGCUUCAUAAUGUGAACAAUACUUGUAUUUUCCCACUAGAGGGCUGUUUGUGGAAAUAAGUGGACCAACAUCUGGAUUGACAAUCAUAAAAUGCUGUUUAUAUUAUUGGCUUUGUUUGAAUGAGACACUAAAAUGGCAAUUAAACUCUAGUGAAAAAUGAAUGUACAGUAAAUGAACCUUUGAUCAUCUUUGUAAAUGUAUUGUUUGAACAGCAAAGUAAAUUUCCUGGUAUGGCGGAGGACAUGGAAAAGAGUUGUUGAAGAUCAAUACAUGCUAAUGUAUUUGUGGAUUUGGCAUAUUCAAGCCUUUGCUGUGAAGAUGUGUUGAUUCUUUAGUUUUUAAAACUGUUUAUUAUUAAUCAUAUUUUUACUUUUAAUUCAA